AUGAGUCCUUUCAAGCCAGCUAUCAGGUCCCUUUUGGAUACUGAUUUAUAUAAGUUAUCUAUGCAUGCGGCGGUCCAUCAACACUUUCCCGAUGUUCCUGUAACUUAUAAGUAUACCAACAGAACUCCGUCGAUGAUUCUCAACAAGGAAGCUGUGGAGUGGCUCAAGCGUCAAGUACAAUGCUUAGGGGACUUGAGAUUUCUGACCGAAGAAAUUGAAUAUUUAAAGAUUACCCUCCCACAAAUGCCGAAGUCUUAUUUUGAUUAUUUGAAAACAUUUAAAUUGGUUCCUAGUGAGCAAAUACGAUACACGAAUGAAGACAAUUUGAAGGACUUUGAUAUCGAAAUUUCCGGUACUUGGCAGGACACUAUUCUAUAUGAAAUUCCCAUUCUAGCAUUAGUUUCGGAAGCUUAUUUCAAGUUCGUGGAUAAGGACUGGAACUAUGAUGGCCAGUCAGAAUUGGCAGCAAGCAAAUGCAACGAAUUCGUGAAAUACGAAUGCAAGUUUAGCGAAUUCGGGACAAGAAGAAGGAGAUCUUUUAAGACACAAGACAUUGUUAUCAAAGCUAUAAAGGAUUACAUUUCAAAACAUCCCGAUUCUUCCAAAUUUAUUUUAGGGACUUCUAACGUACUAUUAGCUAAAAGAUACAGCUUGGAUCCAAUUGGCACUGUUGCUCAUGAAUGGUUUAUGGGAAUUGCUUCAAUCACUCAAGAUUAUAAAAAUGCCAAUAAAAUAGCCAUGGAUUACUGGUUAUCAACUUUCGGAACAAAAUAUGCUGGGCUCGCCUUAACUGAUACGUUUGGUUCAGAUUCUUAUUUGAAGGUUUUUAAAAAACCGUAUACAGAUUACUAUGCGGGAGUCAGACAAGAUUCUGGAGACCCAGAACUCUAUGCUGAGAGAAUCAGUAAACAUUUUGAUAGCCUAGGUUAUCCAAAGUUCUCAAAAGUGAUUUGUUUUAGUGACUCCUUGAACCUUGAAAAAUGUGAAAAGUAUAAGAAGAAGGCAGAUUCCUUGGGCUUGUUAUCAUCAUUCGGAGUAGGUACGUUUUUCACUAACGAUUUCAAAUCUUCCUCUGAACCCCAUUUCAAAUCUGAGCCCCUCAACAUUGUCAUUAAAUUAAGUCUGGCAAACGGGGAGCCCUCAAUUAAGAUAAGUGAUAAUGUUGGUAAAAAUAUGGGUGAUGCAAAAGUUGUAGCUAGGGUAAAAAAGGAGUUGGGCUACGAAGAGAAUGAGUGGAAAGAAGGAGACGAAGCACAUAGAUGGUAG